UUUUUUAUUUCGUUAUGUCAAGUACGACAGUAGUUUCUUUAAGGGGAAGCAAUGUGUCUUUUAAAGUUCGCAGCGGUUUUGGACAAUUACCUGAAAAGAUUCUGUUAAAUAUAUUUCAAUAUUUCAACGAAGAUGAGCUUCGAAAAAACAUUAUUCCUGUUUGCCAACAAUGGAGAACUGUUGCAGAGAAUCCGAGAUUAUGGAAAAUAUUAAAGUUUACGGGGAUGAGCACAAAUACUUCGGUAAUUUGUUUCAAGAUAUGGCAAUUAAAUAAAGCUGAAGAGAUACAUAUGAAAGGAAUUAAACAGCCGCUGGUAGUAUUAAGACAAAUUUGUAGAUGUGCCCAAAAUAUUGUUAGUAUUUCUUUGAGACAUUGCCAUGAGAUAAGUGAAGAUGGAUUAAGACACUUGAUAGUAUCUUGCAAAUCACUGAAAAUCUUGGAUCUAAAAGGAACGCCAUUUAAGUCUUUAAUUUUUUAUGAAGAACUGGCUUGUACAAAAAAUCUUUCUAAUAUUAAUAUUAGUGAAAAUAUAUAUGUGACGGUGUCACAUAUUUCAUCACUUGUGGUAAAUUGUCCCAGUUUGGAUGGGCUACAUAUUUCGAGCUUCCAGCCUAUAAACAGAAUCUUUAUAACUGAUGGUGAUGCGUACUUUUUCCUGAGUCAUAUUUCUAAACGUUUAAGGAGCUUAAGUUUAGAUUGUUCCAACUUAAGUACUGGAAGUUUUUCCUCAAUUUUGGGUUGCAAAAAUUUGGAAUACCUGUGUCUGAAUUUUGCUUAUAAUUUUGAUGGGAAUAUAUUUCAAAAUUUGUGGAAGACUUUGAGAAAAUUGAAGGCAUUAAAGAUACGUUACGGACAUCAGAUCAGCGACGCCAAUAUAAAAAAUUUAUUCCAAAAUGGUAGGGACUCUUUAUCCAACAUUGAAGUCAUAGAUUUAACAGGAUGUUCCAAAUUAAGCAAUUUCGGUAUAGCAGCUUUGGCGAUAUGUUGUAAGAAGCUAAAAAAGUUAAUAUUAAGAAGCUGCAAGAACGUGUUUACAAUCGAUUACAUCUUAGAAGAGUGUCAUGAUCUUGAGAUGUUAAAUAUUUCAUUUUGCAAGAAUUUGCAAUGCAAGUAUCAGUCAAAUUCGAUAAGCCUGAAGAUCAUGUUUCUUAGUGACGAUAAAAAAGUUAUUGAAGUGGGAAAUUUUCUUAAAAGUAAAAAUAACAAUUUGCAAUUAAAAUUGUGUGAGUCAGAACAUAAUAAAAAUUAUAGGAAAUUAUAAUAAUAUAAUUUUACCAUUAAAUGGAAAGCUGGUGCU